CGGAUGGAAGGAAUCGAGAGGCGCACGAAAGAGACAGCUGGACAGCUCGCGGGCUCACAUGGCUCCGGACGGAAGUAGCUCCGGCCAUCAAUGCUUCGCAACGAACGACGAACGAACGAGGCGACGAGGCCAGACGGAGCAAAGAAGCGCCGACGCGGCGGCAGCAGCAAUUCGUGCGGGCGCGCAUUUGGCCUUCCGCUGGUUGGCCCGAGCUCCGCUGGUGGGCGCCGAGAGGCCCGAGAGCGCGAGCGCUCAUUUCGUCGCCCGUGCACCCUCCCACCGAGCCAGCACCUUAAAUUGGAUCGUCUCGUUCUGCUGCUCGUGGUGCGAUUCGUUCUGCUCUGCGGUCUUGGUUUCGCGAAAUUCCGCGUUUGCUGUCGCUUCUCACCUUCUUUCGCCUCGAAUUCGCCUUCUUUUGCUGCUCGCCCGUCUUCUGCGCGUCGAGUGGUUUUGUCUCGUGGCUGGCUUUCUUAUUUUACUCCCGUCCGAUGGGGUGGGACGAGUGCUCGCGUCGGCCGCGCGUCGAAUUUUCUGAUUGUCGCAUGCUCGCUCCCGGCUUCGGGCCUGGGCCUUGAAGACGAAGACGGAGGUCGACAGAAGGUACACGCGGUUUUUCACUCGACGAACUCACUGCAUUUUCGAGCGCAGCACGCUUCCUUUCCUCGGUUUUGCAGCGGCUCCUGCUUCAGUUUUCCGUUGUUCGUUGAACUUGCGUGUUCUUGACGACUGUUCUUCGGAUGUGCGACGGCUCUUAUGUGCGAAUAUUCUGAAGCUUGAUCAUUUUGAUCCACACAGAGGAUUCAUGGGCUCUUGUGGAGCUGCGGAGAGUGCCUGCUCAUCUGAGGGGGAGACUGGUUUAGAGCAUGAUCAUGAGGACGACAUGCUAACUGUUCCCCUUUUGAACGGAAAUUCCAGGAAUUUGGACGAACCUGCAUCUGUUCUAAAGAGUCGUGACAAUCCUCCGCUUGAUCGCAGUAUGGAUGGCCUAAAUUGGAAUCAAGGUGGCGGUACCAGGUCUAGAGCACAAGGUUGCACAGACGACCCCAGCAGGGAUACUGAUGGACAAGGCUCCAAAAUUCGCACGAAUUUGAAAGAUUGCGAAGAUGAAAAACUGAGAGCCUUAGAACGUUGCAUUGCAGCUGCCACCAAAGGAUUUGUUAUCGGAGCAGGCUUACGUGGUGGUCUUGGUCUUUUUGCAAUCCUCUCCCGUUUGAGGAGAAAGAAGACGCGGUCAAGUAUUCUACAAAAGUCCAACGCUGACGCAGUUGUGCUGGCUUUGAAAGAGACUCUCCGCUAUGGUCUGUUCCUAGGCACGUUUGCCGGUGGUUUCUGCUCCGUCGACGAGGCUAUUGCAACCCUUGGUGGUCGUGAACGGACUGCUAGAUGGCGGGCAUUGGUUGCCGGAGGGGUUGCUGGACCAGCCCUAUUGCUUACUGGACAUGAGGCAAGACACACAAGCAUGGCAAUCUACGUCUUGAUGCGUGCAGCAGUUCUUGCAGCUCGUUGUGGACUGAAAAGCGAGCGAUGGGGCUGGCUUUGUCGUCCUUUGAGUUGGAAGCAUGGAGACACAUUCUUAAUGUGUUUAUCAUCAAGUCAGAUUUUGACUGCGUGGAUAUUGAAGCCAGACAGUCUGCCUUCAACGUAUAUAUCAUUCCUCAACAAACAUGGUGGAAAAGAUACUUCGAUUGUCCACGGCAUCAGAGCCUUAGCCCAAGGGAAAGGAUUAGCGGACCAAUUAAAAAAUGUGGAACAGUUCUAUCGAGACAAUGGCACCGAAGUUCAGCUGUCGCCCGAUAUGAAAAUACCUUGCAGGAUUGUACAUGGAGACCAAGGGUGCGUGCCACAUUUCUUUUCAUUCUUGGGAGCAUCUUAUCUUCGAUCGCUUCCUGUCUACAGUCCUGUGUACUUUGUACCUGCGAUUCUCGUCCAUCGACAAGGACUUUUUGCCAGGCCACUAACGAUUUUCCGGAAAACCCUCUUGGGACUUGGCAGAUCAAGUCUUUUUCUUGCAACUUACUGUGCAUCAGCUUGGUUAUGGACUUGUGGUGUCUUUCGACUUACGCAAACCUGCAACCCUGCCCUUGUUGCCGCUGGCACUGUAAGCACUAACUCACUUAUUGCUGCCGGCACAUUCCCGACAGGAUUGGCUGUUUUGAUAGAGAAAAAAUCUCGGCGCAUGGAACUGGCUCUUUACUGUAUGUCGCGGGCAAUUGAAAGUUUUGCAAUAUGUGUCGCGGACACUGGUGUUUUGAAGCGGUGGAAUUUGAGUCCCCCAAAGAGGAUAGACGUUGUGCUUUUCAGUAUGGCAACGGCCAUCAUUAUGCAGUGUCAUGCGGAGGAACGAGACGUCUUUAGGUCAAAGUACCUGAAUGUCCUUGACUGGGUUUUCGGAGUCCCUGAUCCACAAAAGACGUCACUUGCACUUGAUACUGUGGAUGAAGACGAAGCGAAGAGAAAAGUUAGGUAAAACAUUAUGGAGCGGCUGCUAGCCUUCUUCGCAAUCGUUCAUUCCUCACACGCUUUGCUUCCUCUGGAGGAUCUUCAUACGUCACCUUGAAGUUCACCUCUACACCAGUUCAACUAAUGCGCCAUUAUUGAUCAUCGAAACCUAUCGCAUCCUGGAAAUUUAUACAAGGCGAAUUUGUCUCAGCUGGCGGCGUAGACGAUUGAAGGUUGAUAUUAGGCAUGCUUUCUGAUCUGAGCAAUUGCAGAGAAUUUCAUUCUUUCUUUGUACUAUAGUCAUCUAUUGACAGGUUGAGUAUGCGUGAAAUAUUUAUAUUCUUUACAUACUGCGCGCUCACAUAGAGUGCAGAGCUUGGCAGUUUAGAGAUCUUAGCGGCUGGAAGAGGGAUUUCGUGUUGUCCCUCUCAGAUGAUGUUUCCGAGAUAACGAUUUCGAAUAUGAAAAGCGCACACUCCCUAAAGAAGGGAAUCUCAUAGUCA